AUGCGAGUCACCGCUGCAGCAGAAAAGAGCAUUCAUGCGCAGACCGUCCCCGACGACGAUGACUUCACUUCAUCCUCGGGCUCGUCUUCGGAAAGCGACAGCGAGAAAUCCUCCGACGAUGAAGAAGAUAACUCUAAGCAUGAAGAAAGUCUUACAAAUUCCACAGCGAAAUCCUCAAUACCUAGCGUCCCUGCCCGUCGGAAACCAGUCAUUCGCAAGAUGAACACGAAUAAGGACUUGAUGUCCCGGUUGAGUGCAUUUUUGCCCGAAAUGAAAAAUGCGAAUGAAGAGCUGGAGAAAGAGAUCGCUGCUGGACGAGGCAAAGAUCUAGUUUUGGAUGAUGCUGAUGAUGCUGAUGGAAAGGAAUACAUUGAGAUGAAUCUUGGGCUUGGAGUCCUUGAAGAAAAAAAGAAAGACGACAAGACAAACUUCUGGAGCAACGUGGAGAGCGAUGAUGAGAUUUCCACAGAGUUGAAAAAGAAGUCCGAGCUCAAGCCAGACUCGGAUGUCUUGGACACACUUAUGGGCGGUAUACAGUCGAAUGGGGACAAACCCUCGAUUGAGGAGGUUCACCAGUGA